AUGGAGACACUGGAACGUCCCACCGAAGGGGAACCGUUGAAGACCGGCGAGGACGGCGUGGAGACGGGACCGACGGAGACGGAACUGAAAAAGGGCUGCAAGGAAGUUCUGGGACUUUCCAAACUUACCCACUGGCGGACGGCGGUCUUCUUUCUGUCGUUGUUCCUCUGCCUCACUGUGGUCUUCGCAUUCUCCUUCAUCAUCCCGUGUCCGGUUAGACCACAGUAUCAGGCUUUCUGGAACAGGAGCUUCCCUGGAGCUGAAACGUAUGACUUUUUGGCAUUUGAAGAUGUCAACAAAGACAAGGUGAAAGACGUCCAAUUCUUGAUAAAAGACAAUGAAGCCAGUCCGAACAAUACAUGUGGAAAUGCAGGUCUGCCGUCGCCAUGCGUGUUCAUGAUCGCGCUAGACGGGACGGAUGGAAAAACCCUGUGGGAGCGUCCGCUGGAGCCAGACUAUCACUGGGCUCAAUGUGGUCUGGAUGCCAACAUGGAACGAAAGUGGGACUGUCUAAUUUUCCAUUUCGACAAACUGUCGGCGCUGGAGAAACAUAACGGCGAAGUCAGGUGGCAGCAAUCCCACCCGUCCGGUCCACACAGCAGCAUUCCGGUGCUUAGUGUUCCGGAUUUGGAUGCGGACAAAGUUGGUGACAUCGCCUUGGUGGCGUCUGAUAACGUCCAGACUCAGCUGGUGUUCCUAUCGGGUAAGACUGGUGUUCAGAUGGGCUCUACGGUUGUGCUAAGCAGCGCCCAAACAGACGCUCAUCUGCUCCACAAGACCGGGGAGGGUUCCUACUAUGUGCUGCUACAAAAUGGCGACGGCUUGUCCGGUUUGGCCCUGUGGAGAAUUGCGGCUAAAGCCAAAGACGGUAUGGAGGCAGGGCUAAAGAAGGAUAAGCAAUUGGAGAGCAGAGCCGCCGACGUGUCCGGAUUGGUGCCGGUUUACACGUCGGGUUCUUUGAGGCACGUGGUGAAAACCAGCAAAAGCGAGUCGUCCGACUUGGUGCUGGUUUCAAGCAGAGAAGUGGCUAAAAUGGACGGAAAGACGCUGCAGCUACUGUGGACGUUCAACACCACCUCAGUUCUCAGGGAGCCUGCUUUUGGUCACUACAACAAAGACGGCGUACUUGAUGUUGUGCUUGAAGAGGACAUGGAUAAUUCCACCAAGAGGGUGUUGAUUCUUGACGGGAAGUCAGGUGACAAGUUGUGGGAAGUGGAACUUCUCUCCAGUGACAACUCGCCUCGCCCCACUUCUGUGCACACCAUCAACUCCAUCUCCAUCUUUGUCUUCUGGGGGCUGCGGCCUUUAAAUUCUUCCGUGUCGUCGUUACCUGGCGAACGUCGGUCUUACAUGCUGCAUCCUCUCUACUCUGAUGUGAUUCUCCAGUGUGAAAACUUCACCGAACACAUUGUUACGUUUAAAGCCACUCUGAUGGAGCGAGGACGCCACGCCGCCUUCAUCCUGCUGACGGGUCCCAGCGGCGAGGACACGCAAGACGAGGUUACACUGACCAAGUGGAAGCUGAAGCACGACGUACCUCAGAGCACGGUGCUCCCGGUUGGCGACGAGCCAUCCGAAACGGACGACGACAAUAUCAAAGAGGCCUUCAACAGGCUGCGCUUUAGCGACGAUUGA